GGACGUAACGUGGUUACGUCAUAGGUCUGCGCCACUUCCUUCUCCCUAAAUUUUCAAUGACAGUUUGUACUCAUUUUUCUAUGUUUCUUUGGUAACGCAGGUAGUUAAACCAUAAACUGUUCACCAUGCAGAGAGCCGCACGUAUAGCUUUAUAUGACUGGUCUAAUAUUGUAGGAGCAACGAUGACUCGUCAGUGUUUAAAAUGCAGAGUACCCCUGCAGCUGAGCUCGCGUGCUUACAGUGUGGUUCCGCCCCCACGCGACAGUGAGGAGAAGAAGAUGUUGGACCGAAUGCUGCGCGUGGACCAUGCGGGUGAAUACGGGGCUAACCGUAUCUACGCAGGCCAGAUGGCAGUGUUGGGUCGAUCAAGGACUGGACCACUCAUCCAGCAAAUGUGGGACCAAGAAAAGAAACACCUUGAGAAAUUCGAUGAAAUUCUGGCUGAGAACAGAGUUCGUCCCACAGCACUGUUACCCCUUUGGAACGUCGCUGGCUUUGUAUUAGGUGCGUCCACUGCACUGCUGGGAAAAGAGGGGGCCAUGGCCUGCACUGUGGCAGUAGAGGAGAGUAUUUCCGAACACUACAACAGCCAGAUAAGAGCUCUGAUGGAGAAGGACCCUGAGAGAUACACUGAACUGUUACAAGUUAUAAAGGAAUUCAGAGACGAUGAGAUAGAGCAUCAUGACACAGGAUUGGAGCAUGAAGCUGAAACAGUACCUGGAUACUGGCUACUGAAAAAUGCAAUACAGCUCGGCUGCAAAGCUGCAAUAUAUGUUUCUGAACGUGUGUAACAUUGUAUUUAGAGCAAUGCCAGUUUUUCACCAAUAUUUGCUGUGAUAUUUUGUCUCAGAUUGUAUAAAUAAAUAUAUUUAAAUUUGAA